AUGGGCGCGCUUCGUCAUCGCUUUCUGCUCGCGCUCGUCCUCGUGGCGUCUCUAAACUUCCUCGCGGUUUUCGCGGCGCAGCCUCCGCCGGAUGGGUACUACGGCGCGAGUGAGCCGGCGCUGGAAGAAGCAUACGACCAGCGCGCGCUCCUGGAGGCCGAAAGCGAUGCCUCGCUUGGCUCCAUUGACUCGGUUGACUUGGAGGACCCGCGGGUGCUUCUCUCGAUGGGGGAUGCAGCGGCGGACUUGAAGCAGACGUCGGACGACCUCAGCGGCAGCGUGAAGAAAGCUCUCGGGCAGGCGGGGAGGAACGUGCGCAACUCGAUCGGCUCCAUGGUCGGAGUCCCGCCCAACAAGGGCACGAAGAAGCACCACCGCCGCGGCGGGAAGAAAACUGGGCGCCGCGGCGGAAAGAAAAUUGGGCGCCGCGGCGGGAAGAAAACUGGGCCCGCGGGAGCUCGUAAGCGCAAAUCGGGCGCGGCAGCCCCCAAGACGUCCGCUGCGGGGGUUCCGAAGAAGCAGGGGGCGGGAGGUAAGCUCAACUCCGGCGCAACCCCCAAGAAGCCCGCUGCUGCCGCUGCUGGCGCGACGGGGGCUCCUAAGAAGCAGGAGGCGGGAGCUAAGGACACCUCGGGCGCAGCACCCAAGUCCCCCGCUGCUCCCGCUGCUGCAAACGAGCCGCGCGCGCUCCUCGAGGCGGCCGACAGUGAUGCCGUGAUUGACUCCGUUGACUCGGUUGACUUCGACUCCGUUGACUUGGAGGACCCGCGGGUGCUUCUCUCGAUGGGGGAUGCAGCGGCGGACUUGAAGCAGACGUCGGACGACCUCAGCGGCAGCGUGAAGAAAGCUCUCGGGCAGGCGGGGAGGAACGUGCGCAACUCGAUCGGCUCCAUGGUCGGAGUCCCGCCCAACAAGGUCACGAAGAAGCACCACCGCCGCGGCGGGAAGAAAACUGGGCCGGCUAAGAAGCACCACCGCCGCCACGGGAAGAAAACUGGGCCGGCGGGAGCUGGCGGGAGAGGUGGUAAGAUCAACUCCGGCGCGGCAGCCCCCAAGACGCUCGCCGUUCCCGCGGUUGCCAUGUCGGCCAUCCUGAAGGCGCAGGCGCCGGGAGCAAAGGGCACCUCGGGCGCAGCCCCCAAGCCCACCGCUGCCAGCAGUGCUGCGAGCAGUGCUGCGCCCGGCGUUUGA